CUCCUGGCGCUAGUAUCCAUUUCGGAUGUGUCUAUGUGGUAGAGUAGUCAAUAAAAAUACCAACCAUGCAAUCAGUCGAAUCUCGUGUCUCGGCACUGCCAGGCCGGUUCCCGCACUUGAGUAGAAUUUACGAAAAUAUUUGUCAUCCCCCCCAGUGAAUUAUCUAUCGUUUUCUCCCGAAGUGAACGGUGACAGCACUAGCCAUGGAUGCAGAGGCAUUCCUGGACAUGGCCAAUCAGGUCAUUAAAUUGAAAAUGUUUCCUUAUUUCGAUGUUGCACAUGAUGUACUGUGCGCACUGCAAGUUAGAGAGGAUUUGGGACCCGGCGCUCAAGCAUUCUCGCGGAAACAUCCGUUGUCAUGCUGGCUCUCAACGAUGCUCGUGGUAUUCGCUGGAGGAAUGUUAUGUAAUGGAUUACUUGGAGAACCUAUACUUGCGCCCUUAAAAAAUACCCAACAAGUAUUGUUAGCAACUGCUGUCUGGUAUUUUAUUUUCUACAUGCCAUGGGAUAUCGGAUACAAAGUAGCUAAAUUUCUUCCAGUUAAAAUUGUUUGCUCUGCGAUGAAAGAGAUCUAUAGAUGUAAAAAAGUGUACGAUGGUGUCACACAUGCUGCCAAACUCUACCCCAACGCGUACCUUAUUAUGAUAUUAAUUGGAACACUUAAAGGAAACGGAGCUGGCUUCACGAAACUUUUUGAACGUCUGAUUCGAGGAGUCUGGACUCCAACAGCAAUGGAGUUUAUGCAACCCAGCGUCUAUACCAAAGCAUCCCUCGUUGCUUCAAUUAUUUUCGUAUUGGACAAAAAGACUGACUUCAUUUCAGCACCUCAUGCACUCGUGUACUUUGGAAUUGUCAUAUUUUUCGUCUACUUCAAGCUAUCCUCAAUUCUUCUAAAUAUUCACGACCCCUUCGUACCAUUCGAGAACUUGUUCUGUAAUUUAUUCUUGGGUGGAUUAUUCGACUGGAUGGCUAAAUUCUCUGGUCGUGGGACCGCCAAGGACGAGAAAGCUGAUGCCAAAAAAACUAAUUGAGCUGUGGAAAAUCGAUUAUAUUUGUCUAAGAAGACACAUAAAGUAUCCAGACCACAAUAAUUAUUAUCCAUAGUCAAGAUAUGAGAUAUCCAAUUCCAAUAGUCCACUUGUUGUUGAAUAAUCAUUAUUUUUUUCUCCUCAACUAGGACAACAAUCAUCUCUGACAUAAGAUUCUAGUCAAAAUCCAAAUAUUUCGCAAACAACCAUGGUAGCCAGCGAAAAUUACCACAAAACACGAAUUUGAAACCAAAGGAAAAACGAAGUUGACAGUAUUGUGCCAAUGAAACCACCGACACAUCAAGUGAUAUCAAUCACAUCACAUUUUAAUCUCUUAAGAAACGGAAAAUGGUCUUUCCGGUAUACGAACCAUCCUAGUGCCCUUAAAACACCUCCACGGGCAUGAAAAUAAUGAAAUAAAUAUUUUUAUAUGCUCGUGAAAUUAAGUUUUUGGCAAUUUUUAUAUCUCGUUCGAGAGAAUUAGCUUGAAUUUUAAAGUUAAAAUCAUGUAAAUAUUCCUAAUGAUGAAUCAAUAUAUGUCCUUCCAAUCAUAGAACAUUCAUUUUUUUUUGUUACAAUCAUGGAUAAUGUCGACCGUAGAUUGUGAAUUGGAUGCUUGAUUUUAAAUACAAGUUUUUUGACAUUUUUAAGUUGUAUUUCUAUCAGGGUCAAGUCCAGGGAGGAUUCAAGAAUAUGUGCAAUUUGAAAUAUCUGUAUGAAUAAAUAAAUUGUAUUAAAUUAUGAAGCCGUGAA